GUUUGCUCUGUUUGCAUGUGGAAACGGAACUUGAUUAAAUAUCAUCGCGGUGAGAGCUUCAGGGUAAAGAACAACGGUAAAAUACCCCCUCAGCCCAUGCUGAAAAAUCCAGAUUUCGUUUUGAAUAGCACAUUGCAGAGACAUUACUUGUUAACACCGCUAGAAACUCGCGUUUGAUUGCUUUGAAAGUAUUUAUUCCGGAAAAGGGGAUCAAACCAUCAAACGACCAAGCCUAGUUAACCCCUCUCCCUCCUACGUGCUUCACCAUUGAAGCAAGGGCAUUAUGGGCAUCGAAGAUCAGCAAGAAGAGAGGGAGACCCUCAAGUCGAUUUUUCCAGAUGAAAUUACAGAUAUAUCUGAUACCGCAUAUCGAAUAUCGAUAACCUUGGAUGUUACCUCCCAAGGGGACGAUGACCAAGAGCCUCCCGUUCUCAUCCUGCAAGUUUCAUAUCCACCACAAUAUCCCGAUGUCGCACCGGACCUCGACCUCUCCGCGCCUCCUAAUGCACCCAAACACCCCCACUUUGAUAUCCAAGAAGACCGGGCCCGCCUCCUGGAGUCGCUGCAGUCCACCAUUGAAGAAAAUAUGGGAAUGGCAAUGAUUUUUACUAUUGUGGAUAUGUUGAAAGAGGGUGCCGAGCUUCUUAUAUCCGAGCGACAGGCAGCCAUUCAAGCCUUAAAGGAAAUGGAGUCUGCGAAGGCAGAGGAGGAGGAGAAUCGCAAAUUUCACGGCACGGCUGUGACACGCGAGUCGUUUUUGGAGUGGAGAGAUAGGUUCCGGAAGGAGAUGGAGGAACUUGAACGGAGGAAACAGGAAGAAAAGGAAGCGGAUGAGAAGAAGAAGAAGGUUGCUGGCAAGGACGAGAAAAAGCUUACUGGCAAGGAACUUUGGGAGAGGGGCCUGGCUGGUAAAGUGGAUUAUGAUGAAGACUAUGUUGAUUCCAUACCUACAGAUAUGGAAAAGCUACAAUUGGUGUCGUGACAUUUCAUUCCUAAUAUACCUUUCCUUUCGUAUAAAUAUAAUGGAUUUUGAGUUGAUUGCAGGGCGCUUGGAAGUUCAUGAUAUUAAGAGUAAAAUAUCUCCUGUCAUUCAAGCACAAAUAGAAAAUAUCACACAUAUGUUCUUUCUUCGGCUGCGGAGUGGUAUUUGCAGCAGGCAUUGAUGAUGAUGCUACUGCCCUGAUGGCCCUUUGGCGUGCUUGUAUCACUCCUCUCUUGCAUAUUUCGCCUCAUACGAGCCGACGAUGCAUACUGCACAUCUGCGCCUUUACCGAAUUUCUCAUUAUAAGCAUCGAUUCGAUGUUUGCCAUGAGCCAUAUAUCCGGGUCAGAUUAUUCUGCUGUAAGGUUGGGCUUCAAGCCACACUCAAUUAUCAUCACGAUUAGGGGUGCUUGUCUUUUUGCUCAGUCGCACUAUCUUCUUCACUUCCUUCAGCAGUGAUAUCCUUUGCUUCAUCCUUGGAUCCACCAACCUCAGCAGCCCCAAUGUCAGAUUCUGACUGUGCUAACCGGUGCAUCCUCAUUUCCUCCCUUUCCUUUUCUGCAAGUUCCCGCUCCUUCAGCACGACCUCCCACAUCUUUUCCGCAAGCUCUUUAGUCUUCUCGUCCUCAUACUGAAUCGUUUUUAUGGUAUAAUCAAGUGACUCAGUAACGGUUAACGCCCAUGGAGUCCCAUCGUGCUGCUCCACAAUACAAUCCCACUCAUCCUCCUGCUGCGCUAGAUAAACAUCAUCCUCCAACUUAUCCCGUUGAAGGAUCUUCUUCCACCGCGAGUCUAAUUUGCUCCUCAAUGCGCGACUCAAGCUUGGAGGCUCUGGCUUUUUGAUCCGAAGGAAUGGAAACCCACGCGCAGUAGCAAGAACAGGAACAUGGCGGGGCCCAUUGAUUUGUAGCCUUGGUCGCGAUAAAAUCGGUUGGGUAUCCGGGUGUGGACGGAGAGCUUCUGGGCGUCUCCUUGCUCUGCCUUCUGCUCUUUUCCUUAAUGCGCGCGUGUUGCGGUUUUCAGGACGGUGUUGGGCACGUUGAAUUUCGCGGGAUUUGUGGAUAUUGACUUUGAGAUCCAGCGCGCGCUGAACGAUUGACUCAAGGCGGCCAAUACUUUCUGGGUUUGCUUGGGCGCAUGAAUGGAGCAAGUCUAAUGCCUUGCGUGAGUUUAAAAGUUUAAAAGUUAGUGUCUGAAAGAUUCCACCAGGCCUUGGUGAUGGCUAACCUCGUAGCCUGCCUUCAAAGCAUUGACAAUCUGGCUGGGACUUUGCAAGCCUUUAUACUUGUGAAAAUUUGAUUUUAUUAAACCUUGGAUUUCCGCAGGUUGGAGGUUAAUUAAACGCAGGCGGGCGGAUUGGGACAGGAGGGCAUGGUAGAGCGAAAGACCUAGAGUAGCUAUGAGUUUGGGCAUUCGAUCACAUAUCCACUGUAGGAGAACCUACAUGCUAGUCUAUGGGCGCCCGAGCUCUUUGGUAACAAAAACCGGGGCAUUCGAAAAAUCUGAGUUCUCCGUUGGCUUUACUUAAAUAUCUCCUAAAAUUGUUUCGAGAAACUCGGAUGAAGAUAUUCAUAGUCACGUGAUUUGAUAUCAGUUCCAACUAUUGGUACGCUUGAAACAUUCCCCAGUUGUAUAGAAUAAGCUGGAGACUUGCAUGAGGCAAUUGCU